GCACAAGCUCGAAAGGAGGACGAAAACGCCUCCCAUUCCCACCCACUCGAUCUAUGGCUGGCCAGCCUGCCGCACUAUCGUACUAUGGUACUACUGGUACUGGCAGACCCUCAGUUUCGCGUUGACCAUGUAUGAAUGAAUGCAUGUUCGGUCGGUCAGUCGGUCGGUCGGUCAGGAGGAGUUGAUUCGUAAUCCAAGGGGAUCCUCAUCAUCAAGAUGUCGGGCUGGAUCCCGAGAAUCCUGGUAGGUUGGAUCUUGAUCCAUGUGGUGCAAGUCUCGAAGGUCUCACCCCCGCCCUUGAUUCGUCCGGAAGUCACGCUGGGCCAAUUGGGGCGGACACUCAGUGGGCGGGUGGAUGCCACCACCGAGCAGAUGUUCCAAUUCAACGUUGAACUCGCCACGUUCGACUCGACCUCAUCGCUGCGGGUGUUCAUCUCGUGUCCGACGGCGCGCGUGUUUGCUCCGCUCAUCGUGAUGACCACCCAUCAACAGGGCGUGUCCUCGUGGCAAAUCCCUCUGCCGGUGGUCAGUUGGACCGGACAGCAUCAUUACUAUGACUUUGUCAAUCGCACCUUGUGUCCAUCCCGCUAUUUUCCACGAGCCUCGGCCCAUGGGCUGCCCCAGACACCCCUCGACGACGGGUUCAUGGUAGUGACGGUCAGUGUUUCCACCUCCAAUGUUCAGGCGUUGGAUUUUACGUUGCAACUCUAUGAGCAAAAGGUGUUUCAAGUAGCCAUGGAUCAGACGUACACGUUUGAAAUCACUCCCUCGGCCCCCAUGUUCUACUUCUUCCCCUUUGUGCCCGGCGAUGUGACCAUGAUGCCGUUGCUCACCGUUCAGUCAGAUAGUUCCUUGUGCAUGACCUUAGCCGUUCAAAACGCUACCUGUCCGGUUCACGAUAUGGAUCGGGCCCUCGAGUUCGACGGGUUCUACCAAACCUUGGACACCUUAGCGGGGGCCUCGCUGUCGCCGCAACAGUUUCCCGAGGGCGUAUUUUUGACGUUUAUGCUGAAAACUGACGACGAGGAGUGUGUGAAUCGCCAUGCCGAACCGAGUUGGCACGGGUCAGGGAAAAAUCGUCUUAAGCGGGUCGAAUUCAAGAUUCAAGCCAAUGUGACCAUGACGGAUUAUUUGGUGGCCACCUUCGCCACUUUGAUCUUUGUGGGCUUGAUCUACUUUACCGUGAUCCUUAUCUUCUGCGUGGCUUGGCUGCGGCACCGACAUCGACCUCAAGACGAUCAAGAGAGCCUUAUCCCCAUUGCCCAAGAUGAUAAUUCGGUGACCAACGAAGAGGAAAUUGGCCAGACCGUGGCAGCGCGAGAUUGCGAUCACAUCGAGACUCUCUCUGAAGAUUCUUCGUUGGACGAGACCGACUUGGAUGCCUUGGAAGACGCCAAUUUUGAGAAAGAUGUCUAUCGGACCAAGAAGACGUUAUAUUUGUCAGAUUUGGCUCGGAAGAGUCCACGAGUCUUGGCCAAAAAGUCCAACCUUUACCAUUGGAACCUAUGGACCAUCGCCAUUUUCUACGGCUUACCCGUUAUCCAAUUGGUGCUCACCUUCCAGGAUGUUUCUAAUCGGACAGGCAACCAGGAUCUGUGUUAUUACAACUUCUUAUGUGCUCAUCCAUUGGGGUUUUUGGCGGAUUUUAACCACAUUUACUCCAACAUCGGCUACGCCCUUUUCGGCAUGCUUUUCAUGGCCAUCACUUAUGUGCGCCAGUCCCGGCAUAAUGCCUUAACUUUGGUCCAACCGCGGGUGGACGUGGCCUUGGGCAUUCCUCAGCAUUUUGGCAUGUACUAUGCCAUGGGCUUGGCCUUGAUCAUGGAGGGGAUCAUGAGCGCCUGCUACCACGUGUGCCCUAGCCACAACAACUUCCAAUUUGAUACGGCCUUCAUGUACACCAUUGCCAUAUUGAUUCUGUUGAAGAUCUACCAAACACGUCAUCCGGAUAUUAACGCCAACGCCUACACGGCAUUCGGGACUCUGGCCUUUGUGAUUAGCUUAGGGGUGAUGGGUGUGCUCCACGGAAAUGUGUACUUCUGGAUCCUCUUCACAUCACUUCAUGUGCUCUCCAGUCUGUUUCUUAGUCUUCAAAUCUACUAUUUGGGCCGCUUUCGGCUCGAUUCCGGCGUAUUCCGACGGCUAUCCGUAGUGUUUUGCAAUGACUUUCUUGCACUUCUGUCCGGAAACUGCCGAGCUCUUUUGCCCGUGUAUCCGGAUCGGUUUAUUUUGCUACUUGUACUCAAUCUGGCCAAUUGGGGCCUCUCCGCUUACGGUGUGACCGUUUUGGCGUGGAAAGGCGGCGAUUUCGCCUCGUUCCUCUUGGCCAUCCUAAUUGGAAAUGUGCUCUUGUACACGUUCUUUUAUAUUAUCAUGAAACUGCGACAUGGAGAGCGAAUCGGCUUAGAACCGGCUCUCUAUAUCGGGAUAUCUUGCAUUACAUGGGGCGGAUCCAUGUAUUUCUUUUUGAACAAGUCCACGAGUUGGGUAUUCUCUCCAGCUCAGUCACGGCACUACAAUCAAGAGUGUCAACUAUUGAGAUUCUAUGAUAAUCACGAUAUCUGGCAUCUGUUAUCCUCCCUCAGCUUAUUUCUGGAUUUCAUGAUCCUGCUCACAUUGGACGACGACCUAAAGAUCACGGAGCGAACAUGCAUUAAAGUGUUCUAGAUAUGUUACUUCAUCUAAACCAACUUCUUUUAAUAUGAAUAAUUUAUCACAUUUUUGGAAAGUAAAAAAAACAAAACAUCUUGA